CUUUCCUCUUUGACCCCAUUCCACCCUCCUUCCUUUCUCGGAUUUUCUCAAACUCUCUCUCGCAAUGGAACCGGGUGUUGUUCUCACAGAGAUCUCAAUACAAAUGUUGAGACUCCUCUCAAAAUCGCUUAUUUUCCUCUCCGACCUCUCCGCCCACCCACUCUUCUCCGUCGCCGCCACCUCCACCCUCCUCGCCCUCCUCUACCUCCCUCGCUCCCUCCUUCCCCUCAUCUUCUCCCCCGCCCUCCUCUCCUCCCUCCUCCUCCUCUCCACCCUCCUCCGCCUCCGCCCCCGCCCCCCUCCGCCGCCACCCUCCGCCGUCUUCCCUCCCAGACCCAUCACCCAAACCUGCGCUGUCGACGAACCCAUCAUCACCCUCCCCACUGUUCCCGACCCCAAACCCGAGUCGGCUCCGGACUUCGCUGGGUUCCUCCCAAAGGCGGCAUUUUGUGACUCCUUCGUUGAAUGGGGUCGCAGGGGAGGCCCCCUCGAGGUAAUCUACGAGGAGUACGAGGGCGAGGAGGACGAGGACGGCGGCGACUCGCCGGAAUACUUGCGAUCGCCGGAAUAUUCUUAUCUGGGCAGUGGAGAAUUGGGUUCUUUGGGCUUCUGCUUUACGGAUUCUUCCGACGCCGAUAGCGACGACGACUCCUCGGUGGCGGAGGGCUGGGACUCGCCGGAGAACCUUUUCUCCCGGUGGGAUGAGGAGGGCGAUGGCAUGAUCGAAAUCGCGCUUGAGGAGGAUAACAUGAUCGAGAUCGACAUCUCCGUCUGCCGGUGACCGCCUGAAUCUCCAGCGCCGCCUCCCGGCGUUGGAGGCAGAGUUGUGCUUGUUUCCCUUUUUUGUGGGGGGGAAGAAAAAGAGAAGAAAACAAGGAGGGGCUCGAAGCUGGGGUGGUUUGGUAAAUUGUGGCUUCUGAGUAUGUAGACGUUCUUGUGUAUAAGCCAUCUCGGCACACGGCGUUUUUAAUCUUGUAGGUAUUUUACAUGCUACAAGAAUUUUGAAAGCAACUCAUGUUACUGUUAAAGAAGAUUUUUUAUUGAUU